UGGCAUUAGCAUUCUGUCCCAAGGAAGAAGGCAAAGAAUAUGUGAAUCAUAUCGAUGAAGAUUCUACAAAUAAUAGGGUAUCUAAUCUCGAAUGGUGUACACUAAAAGAAAACAAUCAACAUUCUUUACAUCUCAGACUUGGACACCAAUAUACUGUCAGGCAGAUUCUUGAUGAUAGAUUUUUUCGAGAAUUUCCAUCCUUAGUUGACGCAGAAAACGUAACUAAAGUUAAAUAUUCUAAUAUCUGGAAGAUAUGUUGA